ACACACAAUAGACGAAUAAAAGAUACGCGAUAUUUGGUAUUAGUUUCAGUAACAUAACCUAAGAUGUACGCAAUUGUAAACUGUAAUCAUUUUACCAACUAAGCCAUUUUGAUCUAAAGUCAAGAUGGGAACGAUGGUGUUAACAAUUUAAGAAAGAUUCACAUAAAAAUAACUGUUCUUCUGAAAAAAAGAUAGAAUCUAAACAGUGAUUUUCAUUUUUAUAUUUAUUUUAUAAAUAUAAUUAAGUGAUUCGGAAUUUGUUGAUUACAAGCUAGGAAAUGAAUAGAUCUGUGACCAUCGAAGAAUUAAAUGCAGAAGAAGUGAAGCUUCUGACGCCGUUGUUAGUGUUUCUCGGAAUAAUAGCUAGCACUGGAAUUCCAGGAAACAUAAUCGUCUGCUUAGUUUAUAGAGUGACGUCAAAGAAUUCUGUUUCGCGCUUUUUCAUUUGGUGGCUGGCAGUUAUUGAUAUUAUCAGUUGCUUUGUGCUAUUUCUAGAAAUUGUGAACGUUGUGAAGCAGUAUACCUACACGAACACGUGGUUAUGUAAAUUCACAAUUUUCUUCACCAUUUGGCCGGUUAUAACUUCCGGUUUUGGACUUUGUCUUAUCAGUAUUGACAGAUUCCUAAGGGUAUGUAAACCACUAAAGAAGCAAAUCAGCCAAAAGAGGGCAAAGUUAAUGUGUUUAGCGACUGUUUUUAUUGCUUUAGCAUUUUCAUGGCCAUCACUUAUUCUGUUUGGAACGUAUACAAAAGAAUUUUCAGACCACAACUUAACCAGUAGCACGUGUACCAUACAGAACGAGUACCAAGGCACAACUUACGCCCUUAUUUACAAUGGAUUCUUGUGGAUUCUGUUUGUUUCUGUUCUAAUUUUCCUUGGUGUGUUUUACGCCAUGAUUGGCAAGAAAAUCUUCACACAGCUGGGGCGGCGUAUUUCAACGUCAUCAAUCUGUGAUCAAAGCAAAGGAAAUGACAACGUUUCCGGCGAUGACGUCACAACGGAUACAAGCUUUGUAGCCGUAAAAUCAAGGCAGAACUUAUUCAGGGAGCAUAGUACCAUUUCUCGAAAAAUGUCAACAGUAAGCACUGGUACAAAAUUACGGCUUACAUCCCAAAGACAGGCUAAAGCAAGGAAAUCUGCAUUAGUUAUGUUUUUGAUUUCGUUUGUGUUCGUGGUCAGUUUUCUUCCGUACCUAAUUCUAAGAAUGAAAGAAGCCUUUGAUGCGACAUUUGUACAGUCAAUGUCGAAUAUUGGAAGAGCUUGUUAUAAGUUUUUCCUACGCACUUAUUUCUUGAACUGUGCCAUCAACCCGUUUAUCUACUGCGCAUUUGCGGCCACAUUUAGACAAGAGGUGCGCGCUCAUUUUAGACGUCUUUUUAGCAAAUUAAGAUAGAUUUCUGACGUUAUAAAUAUUUUAACAUUUCGGAAUCAAGUAAUUGCAUUUCAUACUAUCAUUCUAAUUUAAUUUGAAUGGCUAUAACUAGGCAUUAUUCAUUUUGUUACUUAUUUCUUGAAACAUCGUUCAUUACAAAAUUGCCUCCGUUUUUACAGUUAUGCAAUUCAUAUAUUUGUCUCAAACGUGCAAUGAAACUGUUGCAUAACUGUUGCAUAACAUAUCGGUUUGCAAUAAAAAUCGUAAACAACAAUGAAAUAGCUCUAAACAGAGAAAUGCAUAUUAAUGUAUAUUACAGUUAAGGCGCUUGUCAACACUUUAUGCGGAAACUAUCGGACAUUAACGAAAGUACUACGACUAUAAGACAUGAAUUCCGACAAGAACAUUUUAACAAACAAGUAAACACCUACAUUUGAUUAACAUAUUUUAAAAGCAUGUUUAUGGUGGAUUUUAAUGCCAAAUUGUGUUAGAAUAAGGUGCCGCACGCGGACCCGAAAAUAUUAAUAUAGCCAGCAAAAUCACUACUUCAACUAAACUAAACAUGCGCUGCUUUUUUGAUGACGAACCUCAUUUGUCCGAAUUUGUUGAAUUAAUACCGAAAUAAAAGCUAUUCUCUUU